AUGGCUGGACCCGGGGGUUGGAGGGACAAGGAAAUCACGGAUCUGGGCCAUCUGCCGGAUCCAACUGGAAUAUUCUCUUUGGACAAAACCAUUGGUCUUGGAACUUAUGGCAGAAUCUAUUUGGGACUACAUGAAAAGACUGGUGCAUUCACAGCUGUUAAAGUGAUGAAUGCACGUAAGACUGCAUUACCUGAAAUUGGAAGGCGAGUGAGAGUGAAUAAGUAUCAAAAGUCUGUUGGGUGGAGAUACAGUGAUGAAGAAGAAGAUCUGAGGACUGAACUCAAUCUUUUGAAGAAGUACUCUUUCCACAAAAACAUUGUCUCUUUCUAUGGGGCAUUUUUUAAGAUGAGCCCACCUGGUCAGAGACACCAACUUUGGAUGGUGAUGGAGUUAUGUGCAGCUGGCUCAGUUACUGAUAUAGUAAGAAUGACCAGAAAUCAGAGUUUAAAAGAAGAAUGGAUUGCUUAUAUCUGCAGAGAAAUCCUUCAAGGUUUAGCUCACCUCCAUGCACACCGUGUAAUUCACCGGGACAUCAAAGGUCAGAAUGUGCUACUGACUCAUAAUGCUGAAGUAAAACUAGUGGAUUUUGGAGUGAGUGCCCAGGUAAGCAGAACUAAUGGGAGACGAAAUAGCUUCAUUGGAACACCAUACUGGAUGGCACCAGAGGUGAUUGACUGUGAUGAGGAUCCAAGGCGUUCCUAUGAUUACAGAAGUGAUGUUUGGUCUGUGGGAAUCACUGCUAUUGAAAUGGCUGAAGGGGCUCCUCCUCUCUGUAACCUUCAACCCUUGGAAGCCCUUUUCGUGAUCUUGCGAGAAUCUGCUCCCAAAGUCAAAUCCAGUGGAUGGUCUCGCAAAUUCCACAAUUUCAUGGAAAAGUGCAUGAUAAAAAAUUUCCUAUUUCGUCCUACAUCUGCAAGCAUGCUUCGUCAUCCAUUUGUUCAAAAUAUAAAAAAUGAAGGACAAGUUGUUGAGUCAUUAAAGAAGCAUCUUACUGGAAUUAUUAAAAAUAGACAGAAAAAAGGAACACCUCUGAUCUUUGAAAGAGAAGAAGCUAUUAAAGAACAGUACACUAUGAGAAGAUUCAGAGGACCUUCUUGUACCCAUGAACUUCUGAGACUUCCAACCAGCAGCCAAUGCAGACCACUUAGAGUCCUGCAUGGAGAGCCCUCUCAGCCGAGGUGGUUACCUGAUGGAGAUGAACCACAGGUUCAGGCACUUCAGCAUCUACAGGGAGCAGCCAGGAUGUUCAUGCCACUAAAGUCUCAUAACAUUGCACCUAAAUCUCUACUGGGGAAAGCUCAUACACCUCAGCAACUACAUGGACCUGCAGCUCAGGUGCUCAGACCACUGCAGUCACAGAUGAAAGCUAAGACAUCUAGGCCGAUGCAGCCUAGGGCACCUCCACGUCUACAGAGGACAGCCAAGAUGCUCAUGCCACUACAGGCUCCGUUUAAGAUACCUAGGACUCUUCAUGUACAGCUCCAGGUAUCCAAAGAACAGCUCCAGGUAUGCAAAGAACAGCAAGUUCAGGGCCAGGCACAGACAUCAGAUAAACCACAGGAUCUGAAUCAAGUACCAGAAGAAUUUCAGGGGCAAGAUCAGGUACCUGACCAACAACAAAGGCAAGGGCGAGAACCUGAACAAAAGCAGAUGUAUAUACAGUUAAGUAAACAGCAGAUGGAACCAAACAAGGUACCUGAACAAUCAGAAGUACAGACACUGACUUCUGAACUUUUCCAGUCAGAUUUAGAAGCAGAGAAAUCUGAGUCCUUAAGAGUUCAUGCCCAGGUAUUUCUGCCUCUACUGUCACAGAACCACAAUGUGCUCUUACCAGUACAUUUGGACACUCAGGUGCUAAUUCCAGUAGAGGAACAAACUGAAGGUUCAUCUCAUGCUCAAGACUGGGCAAUAGAACCCCCAGAGGCAGUUGGUCCAGUUCAAGCAUUGGUAGAAGCAAUAUCAAGAGAUAUACUUCAAACACCAAACUCAAAUAAUACAAAGUCAUUUGGUCCACUACAAACCCUGAUGGCGAAUCUGUCAUCAAAUAUGAUUUACUCUCAUCCAGAACAGGCACAGAAGAAAAAAUCAAAAAUAUUUAGUCUAAAACAAGCCUUGACAAAAAAGUUAUCAUCAAAAUGGUUCCAGGAAAAGUUAACACAGAAAUUUGAAGAUUUUGAAUUGUCAGACUUAGAAGUCCAAAGACAAAAGAGCCAGCACAGAUGGGAGGAUAUCUUUACUCAACAUGAGGAAGAAUUGAGACAAGUUGUAAAUGAAAAAAAUGAAUCAUCAGACAAUAAUGAAGCAUUUCAUUCAGUUCAGACUGAAGUCCAAAUAGAAUCUUUGCAACCAAAUGUUCCAAACUCUAAAGGAAAUGAGGUACAAGGAAUAUCUGCUGCUGCUGUGCCUUGCAACCAGGAUUAUGUGCAUCGUGUCAAGUUCUCUCCAAAUAUUUAUCAGAUAUCUUUGGAGCAAGUCCAAAAGCCCACUGACAUUAGACAAAGGACUUUACAAAAUCCUCAAAAUUGGCCAUCAUUAUUAGAAUCAUCCGAGGAAGAAAGUCCUAAGCCUAGGAGGAGAUCCAAAGCAUCAUCUCCUUAUUCUACAACUGACCAAACAAUGCUAUUUGAUGUCCAUCAAAAUGGUAGAGAUGGAAAUGAUGAAGUAAAAAGAACGUAUAAUGACCAUGGAAGCAAUAUAGACACCAAAAUCCAUGGAGAAAAUAAAUCCAGUGAGGGCAGUGAUUAUUAUAGAGGUCUUGACGGAUAUGGAAUUAAUAUAGACAGUGGAAUAAGAUGCAAGGAAGUUAAUGGAGUUAGUCAAGUCAGUGAAAUUAAUGACGAGAAUGGAGAUCUUGAAUUCAAUAGAGGAGAAAAUAGCUUAAAGAAGCAGGAAACUGGUAAAAGUGAGACCUCAAAUGGCAUUGCAUCAUUCUUAUUUAAUGAUGAAAAUGACAGCAUGGACAUUUUAGAAGCAUCAGCAGAGUCAGGUUUUUCUGCAAACUACUCAUCUUCUUCCACUGGUUCUUUGGGUACUAAUGCUGAUUUUGCCAGUGCUAUCUUCUAUGCUGGAUAUGUGGAAUUUCCUGAGAAAUCACCUCAGCAAUCAUCUGAAGUCAAUGUUAACUCACUAUGUAUCUCUUCCGCAUGUAAAAAACCACUGCUACAUGUAUAUGAAAAGGAAUUUACUUCUGAAAUCUGCUGUGGCUUUUUAUGGGGACUGAAUUUGCAGUUGGGGAUAAUCUAUUCGAGAAGUGGAAAGGCAGACAUAACAAAACAUAUAAAACAAAGAUCAUUUCAUUAUCAGAUUCAAGUUGUAGAGCCACUCAAUUUUCUAAAUACCAUUUCAGGACAUAAGAACAGACUUCGAGUGUAUCACUUGACCUGGUUCAGUAACAAGAUUUUGAAUGUUAAUCCGGAAAGCAAUAAAAGACAAGAGGAUAUGCUAAAUACUGAGAAAGUCUGUAAAGCUGUAGAUAAAUUGACAGGCUGUACGCACUUCAGUGUCCUUCAACAUCAAGAAACAAUAUAUGUUGCUAUUGCUUUGAAAUCAUCAAUUCACCUUUAUGCAUGGGUGCCAAAGUCCUUUGAUGAAAGCACUGCUGUAAAAGUGAUAUGCACUGAUCAAUCAGCAAAUUCUGAAUGAAACUACAUGUUCUAUGAAGUACAUGUACAAAUACGAAAAAUACAGGCAUCUGAUUCAAAUAACAUAUUUAAGAGACUUUUUGAUUUAUUUCAUUUGCUAAAGCUUAAGGUUUUCCCAACACUUGGUCAUAAGCCAGUAACAAUUGACCUGGCUAUUGGUUCUGAAAAAAAUCUAAAGAUUUUCUUCUGCUCAGCAGAUGGAUAUCAUACCAUUGAUGCAGAAUCUGAGGAUAUGUCUGAUGUGACCCUGCCAAAUAAUGUAAGAUCCCUACAAAUUAUUGUCCCACAGAAUAUCAUCAUUUUACCUGACUCCUUAAGAAUUGGCAUGAUGCUCACUUUCAAUUCUGAAGCCCUUUCUGUGGAAGCAAAUGAAAAAAUAUUCAAGAGAAUUCUUGAAGCAUGGAAAGACAUACCAUCUUCAGUAGCAUAUGAAUAUGCACAGCUAACCGCAGGAUGGAGCCAAAUGGCCAUUGAAGUUUGCUCUUCACAGUCAAAGGUUCUGGAAAAUGAACUGAAAAGCAAAACAGUUAAGAAACUGAGAUUUCUACGUAAUGAAGGUGCCAAGUUGCUCUUUACCGCUACCUUGUGCAACCACCACAGCCAGAUUUACUUUAUGACCGAUGGAAAACUUGAAGAGCUCCAGAACAGUAAUGGCUUUAAAAAAUGACAACAUUUACAAACAUCAUAAAUAAUAAGUUUCUAUAUUAAAAUGUCUAAGAUAAAAGGAUACUUCAAUUUUAUUGUUAGGGACAUUAACUCAGAUAGUUUUAAUGUAGCGCAGAAUAGUUUUAUUAAGAAUGCAGCAUUAUAUGUAAAAUUAACUAUAGCAAGCUCUACGUACUCCAAUGUCUUUUGCACAAACUUUGUAACUUUUGUUACUGUGAAUUCAAUUCAAACAUUGCUCUUUGGGCAGUUUGGA